UUCUCGCCAGAGGUAUCAGCGGCACUGAAAGGUGAUGCCGGUCACAACAUUACGAUAUCCCUUCAAAGGUUCGGUAUCAUCGUCUCUGCUGCACUUCGAGUCAUGCACCCUGAUCUUUAUUGGGCCGGAAUGGAAACUCAAGUCAGGCUGGGUGUAUGGGCUGCCAGAUAUGAAUUAGACGAGAUGCACUAUCAUCUUCAACGCUGGACAUCUGUCUUUAAUGUGGUAUCGAUCAUAUGCAAUUGCCGGUCACCCCCUCGUAGAGAUCCCAAAUGUCGACCGGCAGCAUUUGAUAUCAUGACAACCACCGGUAUUUAUCACCCAGUCAUCAUGGACUUUAUGAAUCUCGGGAUCAAGUUUCUAUAUGACUCUGGCUCAAUGCUGGCUUCAUCAUGUCAACUGGUGAGACAUUACAUGGAUGUGGAAGAGGGCAACCGGAUUGUGACUGUGUGGUACAUGCGAGACAGCAUCCACAAUUUUGUUGGGACUCCGAGCACGGAGUAUGCAAAAUAUGACCGUGUAAAUAUUUCGCAACUCUAUGUACUCAUUCAAAUAUACAUCUGGUAUACUCGGUUAUCGUAUUGA